AUGGAUGUCAAGGCGGCCCCCAACGGGGUGGCCACCAUCGAGGACCGCAUCCUGCGGAUCACCGGCUACUAUGGCUAUUACCCGGGUUACUCCAGCCAGAAAAGUACCUCCAGAUCAUCAGUUACUCGAUGUAAACCAGGAGCCAACUGCCCCGCUUCACUUGGUGGCAUUAGUAGACAACUGUCCCCUUUGUCUGUCACCGAAGAUUCUUCUGCUCCUAUUCUUGAGCUGCAGAGUCGAGGAUCCUCUGGAGUUUGUGGACACCGAGUUGAGAGACAGAACAGAUCAGGGGAUGAUGGGACACAGUCUACUCAUGCUGAGAACAGCAGCCAAGAAAACCGAAUCAAGGCUCGCUGCCAGUCGUGCACGUCCAUGGUCCUGAAGGCCAUCUGGGGACUCUUGAUCAUCUUGUCAGUGUCGUCAUCCUGGGUUGGAACCACACAGAUUGUAAAAAUUACCUAUAAGAACUUCUACUGUCCAUUUUUCAUGACAUGGUUUUCAACAAAUUGGAACAUUAUGUUUUUCCCAGUCUAUUAUUCUGGUCAUCUGGUCACUGCUCAAGAAAAGCAGUCUCCAAUGAAAAAAUUCAGGGAAUGCAGUCGGAUUUUUGGUGAAGAUGGUCUGACGUUGAAGCUCUUUCUUAAAAGAACUGCUCCCUUUUCUAUUCUAUGGACUUUGACUAAUUACCUGUAUUUAUUGGCUUUAAAGAAGCUGACGGCCACAGACGUCUCCGCUCUAUUCUGUUGUAACAAAGCCUUUGUCUUCUUGCUCUCGUGGAUUGUGCUGAAAGACAGAUUCAUGGGAGUGAGGAUAGUUGCUGCAAUAAUGGCCAUCACUGGCAUUGUCAUGAUGGCAUAUGCAGAUAAUUUCCACGCUGAUUCCAUCUUGGGGGUGGCGUUUGCAGUGGGCUCAGCCUCUACAUCUGCGUUGUAUAAGGUUUUGUUUAAGAUGUUUCUUGGAAGUGCCAACUUUGGUGAAGCAGCUCAUUUUGUCUCCACCUUGGGUUUCUUCAAUUUGAUCUUCAUCUCCUUCACCCCAGUCAUCCUGUAUUUCACCAAGGUGGAGCACUGGUCUUCCUUUGCAGCUCUGCCGUGGGGCUGUCUCUGUGGAAUGGCAGGACUGUGGCUGGCCUUCAAUAUCCUGGUGAAUGUUGGUGUGGUGCUGACAUACCCAAUCCUAAUCUCCAUUGGGACCGUGCUCAGCAUUCCUGGAAAUGCAGCUGUAGACCUCCUGAAGCAGGAGGUGAUAUUCAACGUUGUCCGCCUGGCUGCUACCAUCAUUAUCUGCAUCGGGUUUCUGCUGAUGUUACUACCUGAGGAGUGGGAUGAAAUUACCCUGAGGUUCAUCAACAGCCUGAAGGAAAAGAAAAGUGAAGAGCAUGUAGACGACAUCACCGAUUCCACUGUACACCUGAGAAGCAGAAGCAGGGCCAAUGGGACAGUAUCCAUCCCACUGGCUUGA